AUGUUAUCUAGGUUGUCAAGAAACAUGUUGACCAAGGUCAACGUUGCCAGGUCAUACUCAACAUUCGCUGGUAACACACCAAUUCAAACAGCUGAUCCAGAGAUAUUCGACUUGAUUAGAAAGGAGAAGGACCGUCAGUUCAAUGGUUUGGAGUUGAUUGCUUCAGAGAACUUUACUUCACGCGCUGUGAUGGACGCGUUAGGAAGCUGUUUCACAAACAAGUAUGCAGAGGGCUUGCCAGGCGCAAGAUACUACGGUGGUAACGAAGUGGUCGACGUGCUGGAGAACACAACAAUCAAGCGUGCACUCGAGACCUUUGGUCUGGACCCCGCCGAAUGGGGCGUCAACGUGCAGCCCUACUCUGGCUCGACGGCCAACUUUGCCGCCUACACCGGUUUGCUCAAGCCACACGAUCGCAUCAUGGGUCUUGACCUGCCGUCUGGAGGCCAUCUGACACACGGCUACCAGACCGACAAAAAGAAGAUCAGCGCCACCUCGAUCUUCUUUGAGUCGAUGCCCUACCAGGUCAACGAGACUGGCUACAUCGACUACGAUCGCAUGGAGUACACAGCCGGACUGUUCCGUCCCAAGCUGAUCAUCGCAGGCGCCAGCGCCUACCCACGCGAGUGGGACUACGAGAGAAUGCGCAAGAUCGCCGACAAGCACGGCGCCUUCCUCCUGUGUGACAUGUCGCACAUCAGUGGCCUGGUCGCAGGCAAGCAAGCCAUCUCACCAUUCCAGUACUGCGACGUCGUUACCACCACCACUCACAAGACCCUGCGCGGCCCACGUGCUGGCCUAAUCUUCUUCCGCAAGAGCAAGAAGAAGGACGCCAAGGGCAACCUCAUCGACGACGACCUGGAGAACCGCAUCAACUUUGCCGUGUUCCCCUCGUGCCAGGGUGGCCCACACGAGAACACCAUCGCCGGCAUUGCCGUGGCGCUCAAGGAGGCUGCCACACCAGACUUCCACGAGUACAUCAAGCAGGUCAGAAAGAACUCUGCGGCCAUGGGCGAGGCGCUCAAGUCGCGCGGCUACUCACUGGUCACUGGCGGCACUGACAACCAUCUCGUGCUCUGGGACCUGCGUCCACAGGGCAUCACAGGCAGCAAGAUUGAGAAGGCUUGCGACGAAGCACACAUCACCGUCAACAAGAACGCAGUGUAUGGCGACACCAAUGCCAUUGCACCAGGUGGCGUGCGUCUGGGCGCACCAGCACUGACCUCGCGCGGUCUCAAGGAGCAGGACUUUAUCCAGAUUGUCGACUUCCUCGAUCGUGUCGUUCAGAUUUCAAUCGCCAUCCAGGCCAAGGUUGGCAAGAAGAUGCCAGACUUCCAAAAGGCCAUCCAGGACAACAGUGAGCUGAAGGCACUUCGUCAAGAGGUUGCCGCAUUCUCCAAGCAGUUCAACAUGCCAGGUUCACCGGAGCUCUAA